AUGAUAAAUGAUAAUGGCAGUGUUAAUGAUAAUGAUGCAUUUGAUAGUACUGAUAAAGAAUUUGCUAAAAUUGAGAGGAUCCAUGUCAUCGUGAAUUUUCUGCCUGUGAUUCUGAACCAGCUCUUCUGGGUACUUGUACAGAAUAAGGAGGAUGAGAUUACAACUGCUGUGACCAGGGUGCUUACUGAUAUUGUUGCCAAGUUCCAUGAAGAACAAUUAGACCACUGUAUCCAAACAUACGUAAAGUAUGUAUUCAAGACCAAGUCAUUUGAAGAAAGAACAGUUCACGAGGAGCUGGCCAAGAAUAUGACCGGUCUGUUGAAGUCAAAUGAGCAAAGAACAGUGAAACAUGUUUUAAAGCACUCCUGGUUCUUUUUCGCAAUUAUCUUAAAAUCAAUGGCUCAGCAUUUGGUGGAUACAAAGAGAAUACAGAUGCCUCGCACUCAGAGAUUUCCAGAAUCAUUCCAAAAUGAGCUGGAUACGCUCAUCAUGGUGAUUUCAGAUCAUGUUGUUUGGAAACACAGGGAUGCUCUUGAAGAAACAAGGAAUGCAAAUCACAGCAUUGGCAGGUUUCUGAAG